AUGUCAACCAGUAACUACACAACUACUCCCACAAAACUUUCAUUCGCACUGCUGGCCUGUAUUUUCGCUAUCGUCCUCUUUUUGGAAUGCCAGUCCACGCUUGCCAGCAUCAAACUCUCGGGUGGCACACAAGCAUCCGAGUCAGAAUUCGCAGGAAUUGUGAGUAUCCAAUAUCAAAGUGCUGCAGACCAAGCACCUUCCCAUUUCUGUGGAGCUUCCAUUAUCAAUGCGCGAUACAUAAUAACAGCUGCUCAUUGUGUACAAGGAAUUGACUUGACAAAACUUGUGGUCAUUGCAGGUACCUCAAAUAACAAUUGUUAUAAAGACACCACUGGUCGAUGCAUUGUACGAACGGUGUCUCAAGUCGUAGCUCAUCCUAACUUUGAUGUCUACACCAUUACCAACGAUAUUGCUCUUGUUCAAUUGUCACAAGAUCUACCUCUAGUGACCAUGUCCAGCAAAGUGAAAUCUUUCAAACUUGAAUCUGCAAAAGUACCCUUCGGAGCACAACUUCAAAUUGCUGGUUGGGGUGCCACUCAAAACCAAGGCAGCAGUGUCAACAAUUUGCAAAAGGGUCAAAUUCCACUUCAACAAACCUCAGUUUGCUCUCAAAAACAAUUAACCAUUUCAGGCCCUUCUCAAAUGUGCCUUGGAGCUGGUGGUUCUGCUCAAGGAGUUGAUAUUUGUAGUGGAGAUGCAGGAAGUCCAGCAUUCUAUUUGAACAGCAAAGAUUCAAAUGCUCCAGUGUUGGUCGGAAUUGUGUCGUACGGUCCUGCUGGAUGUGGUGGAAAUAAUGUUGGUGUCUACGCCAAUGUCACCAAUUACUUGCCAUGGAUUAGAAGUGUCACGAGUGAUGUCUUAUUGAGCUCAUACACGAGCGGUAAUACACCAACUCCAACUCCAACGCCUACGCCGGCAGCAUCCCCUAGGCCAAAUACCGAUACAGAUCAAUGUACAUGUUAA